AUGGUUGAAGAAAAAGAAGCAGAAAACAAAGACACAGAACAGCCAGUUGUUGACAAUGCUGCCGAUGUGGAACGUCAAGAGAAGGAAGAGCUGAAUGCAUUUCUUACCGAGCUGAAGGCUAAAAUAGCCGCAAAAUCACAGCUACGCUAUGAAAAUACUAACUUUCAGCUUCCGGAGGAAUCCUAUUUUGUUAAGUUGGAUUCCAGUCUGAAGCGUAACACGGCAUUUGUGAAGAAGCUAAAACAAUUUACGGCAGCUCAAUUAGAUGCCUUGAUGAAGGAUAUGAAAGGUUUGAAUUUGAGUAAAUACAUAUCGGAAAUAUGUUCAGCAUUGUCAGAGGCCAAAAUUAAAAUGACUGAUGUUCCCGCUGUGGUGUUACUAUGCUCGAAGUUACAUCAAACCUAUGAAGAUUUUGAUAAUGAAUUCUUUGAGGCAUGGCAGAAGACAUUACAACUUCGGCCGGGUGAGAAAAUAGGCAAUGCCAGUAAACUACGAGUGGAUUUACGGCUGUUUGCCGAACUUGUUAGUUCGGGAGUGAUUAAUACCAAGCAAGGUUUAGGUCUGUUAGGCAAUGUUUUGACCAAUGUCAUAUCUCAGGAUAAAGAAGAUCAUAGCAAUUUCUCAAUUAUAUUGUCAUUCUGUCGCCACUGUGGUGAGGAAUAUGCCGGACUUGUGCCCAGGAAAAUGAUAAACUUGGCAGCCAAAUAUGGUAAUCAACCCAUACCGAAAUCAGAUUUUCUGGCUCCCGAUAAGCAGCAGAAUUUGAGGAAUCUUCUAAAGGAUUACUUUAAGUAUUUGUGUAAAUAUUUACUUUCGGAACAGGCGGAAUUAAUGAAUAUGACAAAUAAUCUGAAGAAGGCAAUGGCCUCUAAAGGUGAAAUUUCCACCAAAACAAAGGAAAAAUGUGAACUAAUGCAGGCGAAUUUCGACAAAUUACUCUCAUCGGCCCAAACACUUUCCGAUUUACUGGAUGAACCCUUACCCGAAUUGGCCAAAGAAAUUGAACCUUGCAAUCCUGAUGCGGUCAUUGAAAAUAUGAUGGAUGAAGCGGCACUUGGCGAAUUAGAUCCAUGGGGUGAUGAAGAAACAAAAAGUUUUUAUGUUGAUUUACCAGAUUUAAGGCAAUUUUUGCCAAAUUUUUCUGCACCGAAAAUUGAUCCAGCACAAAUUGAAGACACCUCACUAAUGACUGAGGAAGCGUUAGAUGCUGAAAUUGACAAUGAUAUGGAUUUGGAUGAUCCUCCAUCGACAACAUCUGAUCCUGCCAAUGAUAAGGAUGAUAAAGAUGAUGAUGUUGGUGUUUUACCGGAUAAAAUUGGUAAUGCCUUGAUGGAAGCUGGUCGUAUGAAUAAUCAAUCGGCUGGUUCAAUAAAACAACAAUUUGCCCAAUUCUUAAAAAAUCUUAAUAAUUGUGUUAACAAAGAGUUAAUCGAUUCGGCGGCCAUUGAAUUUCUACUUAACUAUAAUACGAAAAAUAAUCGCAAGAAAUUGACGAAGUCCAUUUUUGGUGUACAUAGAAAUCGUUUGGAUUUGUUGCCAUUCCUUUCACGAUUUGUGGCCAUUAUCAAUCUCUGUAAUACCGAUGUGGCAUUGGAUUUAUGGGAGUUGCUUCGCAAAGAAUUCAAAUGGCAUAUACGCAUGAAAAACCAAUUGAACAUUGAAUCGAAAAUUAAAGUUGUACGUUUUAUGGGUGAAAUGGUUAAAUUUGGUUUACUCAAAAAAUUCGAUGCUUUGAGUUGUUUGAAAAUUUUACUACGUGAUUUUCAACAUCAUCAAAUUGAAAUGGCCUGUGCUUUUAUCGAAGUGGCCGGUGUUUAUUUAUACAAUUGUAAAGAUACCCGGUGGCUGAUGAAUACCUUCCUCGAUCAAAUGAUGCGUUUAAAAACUGCCACAGCCUUAGAUUCAAGGCAUGCUGCCCAAGUGGAAAAUGUCUAUUAUUUAGUUAAACCACCAGAGGCAGUGAAACAGGAUAUUGUUUUACGGCCACCCAUUCAUGAGUAUAUACGUCAUUUAAUAUUCGAGGAAUUGAAUAAACAAAAUGUAGAACGUUCGAUUAAAAUAUUGAGGCGUAUCAACUGGAAUGAUCCAACGGUGAGCAGUUAUGUAAUCAAAUGUCUGUCCAAAGCAUAUCUAUUACGUUUCCCUCUAAUUCGUUGUCUGGCGGAUUUGCUUUCGGGUUUGAGUUCAUAUCAAGAACGUGCUGUUACCAUGGUCAUUGACAAUGUCUUUGAAGAUAUUCGUGCAGGGCUGGAAAUCCAUUCACCAAAAUUGGCUCAACGUCGCAUUGCCAUGGCUAAAUAUUUGGGGGAACUUUACAAUUAUAAAUUGGUUGAAUCUACAAAUAUUUUAAAUACUCUCUAUUCGAUAAUUUCAUUGGGAGUUUCCACCGAGGAGGGUGUUAUUUCACCCCUAGAUCCUCCAGAUAGUUUGUUUCGUUUGAAAUUGGCUUGUGUUCUAUUGGAUACAUGUGGUCCCUAUUUUACCAGUUCAACAAGUAAACAAAAAUUGGAUUAUUUUUUGAUUUUCUUCCAACACUAUUAUUGGUAUAAGAAAUCAAAUCCGAUUUUCAGCAGAGUCCAGGAUACCCACGAUUUGUUUCCCAUACUUGUCGAUCAUAUGUAUCGUGAUUGUUUGGCCAAUGUCCGACCGAAAUUAAAAUUAUUCAAGAAUUUGGAACAGGCAAAGGAAGCCAUUGAAAAGCUGAGAGAAAAACUAUAUCCCCAGCUUAAGGAAUUGACAGCGCAACAACAACAGCAGCAAGAUGCAGAUGAAGCAAAUAAUUUACAACCCAUACCGGAGGAUAGUGAAUUUGAUGAUGGGGCCAGUGAUGACUCAUCCUCUGAAAUGGAUCGACGGCCACGUGAUGAAUGCCAAGAUGACGAAUAUGCGGGUAAUCAAGCAAACACCACUGACUGGACCGAAAAUGAAGGUAUGCAAGAUGAUGAUGUUGUCCCCGAAAUACCUAAAAUUCCCGAAAAAACGAAAGAAGAUUUAGAAUUUGAACAAAUGUUUGAAAAAAUGGCUCAAGAUUCAUAUCAAGAACGUCUUAAGGAAAUUGUCAAACCAAAUACAAAAGAUAUACCUGUACCUAUGAUGGUACGAAAUAAUAAAAAAUCCUAUGAACAAAUAACUUCCGCGGCAAAUGCAGCAGCAGCGGCAGCCACUAAUGCAGCGCCGUCAUCAUCAUCAUCGGCUGGCACAUCCUCCAUUGACUCCAAAAAUCCUCCCAGUGGUCCCAUUAAUUUCGUGCUCAUGGUACGCGGUGGUAAGGGUGGCAAACAACAAUUUAAACAAUUUGUUGCACCCUCCGAUUCUCAGCUGGCCAUAAAUUUAAAACUACAAGAGGAGAAAAUACGCGAAGAAAAGGAAAAAGUGAAACGUUUAACCCUCAACAUUACCGAACGUAUCGAGGAGGAAGAUUAUCAAGAAUCCUUAAUGCAAUCACAGCGUAGCAGCCAAACCAAUCUCUAUACCCGUCCCAGCAAACCGAAAUUUAAACAUCAAAAAGGUGCACCAGAUGUUGAUUCGAUAUUCCAUUGA